GGCGCUCGGACUAUAAAACACAACAAAUCAUAAACCCGCCGGAGCAGCAGCGGUCGCGCGCGCCUCCCCUCCCGAUGAGUUCCUAUUUCGUGAACUCCACCUUCCCCGUCACUCUGGCCAGCGGGCAGGAGUCCUUCCUGGGCCAGCUGCCGCUCUACUCGUCGGGCUAUGCGGACCCGCUGCGGCACUACCCCGCGCCUUACGGGCCGGGACCGGGCCAGGACAAGGGCUUUGCGGCAUCCUCCUAUUACCCACCAGCCGGCGGCGGCUACGGCCGGGCGGCGCCCUGCGACUACGGGCCGGCGCCUGCCUUCUACCGGGAGAAGGACGCGGCCUGCGCCCUCUCCGGCGCUGACGAGCCGCCCCCGUUCCAUCCCGAGCCGCGGAAGUCCGACUGCGCACAGGACAAGAGCGUGUUCGGAGAGACCGAAGAGCAGAAGUGCUCCACGCCAGUCUACCCGUGGAUGCAACGCAUGAAUUCGUGCAACAGUUCUUCAUUUGGGCCCAGCGGUCGGCGAGGCCGCCAGACCUACACGCGCUACCAGACCCUGGAGCUGGAGAAGGAGUUCCACUACAACCGCUACCUGACCCGGCGGCGGCGCAUCGAGAUCGCGCACGCCCUGUGCCUGACCGAGCGGCAGAUCAAGAUCUGGUUUCAGAACCGGCGCAUGAAGUGGAAAAAGGAGAGCAAACUGCUCAGUGCGUCUCAGCUCAGUGCGGAGGAGGAGGAAGAAAAACCAGCCGAGUGAAGGUGCUGCGAAGGGAGGGGGGACGCGAAGGGAGAGGCCUGGAGGGGAACCGAGGGCACCCGAAAGCCCCAGAAGGCUCUGCGGUCGGUCGGGGGAGUCUGGGGACUCGCUCGGCCGCGCAAGGCGGGCGGGGCCCAGCUCUCUCCUGGACGUCCCCGCCCGCAGAGCUCUUCCUGGGCGCUUGGAGGCUGCCCACCCAGCACCCCAGCGCCUCCUCCCUCCCCGAAGAACCCACCUUGGCCUCAUCAGGCUCCCUGGUGAGAACUGAGAAUCGGACUCACUUGAUGUCUCCCGGAAGCAGAGCAGAAUGCUCGUGUCCUUGUCGAGUCUCAUUUCGUCCAUGUCCCCCGUGCACGGUUCAAUGGUAGAUUCGCUGUCCCCCUCAGCGGGGACCUGAAAGACUCCCUGACCCCAGACUUGUCUCUCCUACCCCCUCCCCAAAGCCACUGGAAGGAGCACAUACUACCUAGAA